AGCACCCCGCACGCAGGUGGCCCCGAGCGGAGCGGGCGAGCGGCGGGGCGCCGGGGCCGGGCCACCGCGGCACCGGGACGCGAUGGCGGCGGCGGAGCCCGCGAGCUCCGGCCAGCAGGCGCCGCCGGGGCAAGGGCAACGUCCACAGCCGCAGCCUCCGCAGCCUCCACCACAUCCUCCACAACCGCCACAGCACCCCGGGAGCGCGGGCGGCAGCGGGGGCGGCGGUGGUAGUGGUGCCGGUGGUGGUGGUGGCGGCGGCGGCAGCAGCAGGCACGAGAAGAGCCUGGGACUGCUCACCACCAAGUUCGUGUCGUUGCUGCAGGAAGCCAAGGACGGCGUCUUGGAUCUCAAAGCGGCUGCAGACACUUUGGCUGUAAGGCAAAAAAGAAGAAUUUACGAUAUCACCAAUGUCUUAGAAGGAAUUGAUCUCAUUGAAAAAAAGUCAAAAAAUAGUAUCCAGUGGAAAGGUGUAGGUGCUGGCUGUAAUACUAAAGAAGUCAUAGAUAGACUGAAAUUUCUUAAGACUGAAAUUGAAGAUUUAGAACUGAAGGAAAGAGAACUUGAUCAGCAGAAGUUGUGGCUCCAGCAAAGCAUCAAAAAUGUGAUGGAUGACUCCAUUAAUAAUAGAUUUUCCUAUGUAACUCAUGAAGACAUCUGUAACUGCUUUAACGGUGAUACACUUUUGGCCAUUCAGGCACCUUCUGGUACACAGCUGGAGGUACCUAUUCCAGAAAUGGGUCAGAAUGGUCAGAAGAAGUACCAGAUCAAUCUAAAGAGUCACUCAGGACCUAUCCACGUGCUGCUGAUAAAUAAAGAGUCCAGUUCCUCGAAGCCUGUGGUGUUUCCCAUUCCCCCACCUGAUGACCUCACCCAGCCUUCAUCCCAGUCCUCCUCCACUCCAGUGACUCCACAGAAACCCCCCGGGGCCGCUCAGCAUGUGCCUGAGCAGCCUGCCUCUGAAAGAAGUCCACAUCUCCAGCAGACACCUGCUACAGACAUACCUUCAGUAGGAUCUAUUAGUGGAGACAUCAUUGAUGAGUUAAUGUCUUCUGAUGUGUUUCCACUCUUGCGGCUUUCUCCUACCCCAGCAGAUGACUACAACUUUAAUUUAGAUGACAAUGAAGGAGUGUGUGACCUGUUUGAUGUCCAGAUACUAAACUACUAGAUUUCAUGGAAAUUUGGGACUCCUAUCUACCUCUAACUGUGUAACAUUUAGACUUCUUAAUAACCUAAGUAUUUAAUGAAUGUAACACCUUUUUA